GAAUCGAUUACUCAAAAAACAUCUCAGUGUUGUUUGUAAAAUUAUUUGUAGCAACCCGUUUUGCCUACGAACUUCAUCACUUCUAAUGCGGCAGAAGUAGCCCACCCCUGUCUGGACCAUAUAAAUACCAGAGCAGACCGCUUGACAGUGAAGAGAGUACCCACUGAUGCAGCCACAGGGACAUUCUCAUUAGCGUCGGUCUUCGACAGUUACCGAGAACAGCUUCCAGCAAAGCAGCAACCACAGGAACAUUCUUUGAUCUUUUCCGUUACUGUUUCUGAGGAGAAAUGUCUGAAGUUACGGUGCACCGGAUCUGCCAGCUCGGGUUCUUUACUUACUUGUUUCUAUUUUCUUACAUCUCGGUGACUACAUCAGUAAGCUUAGAUCUAACUGAACUGAGAAACAAAGUUGCAAAGAUUAACGUUAGCCCAAGAGGAAACCUAUGGGCAACCGGCCAUUUCAUGGGUAAGAAGAGUGUGCUGGACAGCCCGGUAUUUGACUCGCCUGACCAGCCGUCUGUGAACUCGCUCAGGGAGGCUCUGGAUCGCAACAUGAACGCGCAGGAGAUCUGGGAGCUCAUCACACAGGAGGUGCUGAAAAUCGCCCUGAAAGCGCAGCAGCAUGAUACUAGAGGGAAAGUAGACGUAAGAGACCAGGAGACUGGUUUAUUAAUGAAGAUACUGGAAAACUACAUUCAAAACACCUGAAAGUGAUGGUUUAUAACUGAGCAACUAGUCUGAGCGAGUUGAAUUUGUCAUUUAUUGUAGCUACAUUCUGUCCUUUGUUUUUUGUAUUUAUUGUAUCUGCAAUAUUGUUAUAUAGUAUCUGUCAUCAAUUUAUUAAAAAGGG